UUUUCCGUCAGGCUCGUUCGUCGCUUCCGUUACGGGGGUACGCGCUGCGAGCAUGCGGAACUCCCUGUAGGCUGCUGGCGGUGAUGAUGGAGGGGAUGUUGUGAAGGCAGGUUGUAGCCGACCGAGCCACCCAGUUCACCGGGCAGAGGGGCGGACACGCGUUUCGCAUCAUCGCAGCGGCUGGCCUCUCAGCCGUCGUCCCCCGUCCGACGUUUCCGGUGACAGUACCGUGAUCGGAACGACACAAGGCUGGACUCGGGACACACACACACCGCUGCCCCUCUCCGUCUGUGACCGAGGAGGGCACCCACCACCCAGGCCGUCAUCAGCAGCUGGCUUCGCAGCGAGCGUUAGCGGCUAACCGACUAAUACAAGCAGGUCUGACAUAGUCGUUUUUUUUUUUAACCAUCACAAUGAUAACCAAGGUGCUGUGUUUCAACUUUACACUUCAACUGUCCCACUUGUGAUGGAAAGGCACCACUGACUCAAGAGGGAACAUAUAUCCUGGAUGCCGUGACAUACAGGACGUGGUCAAUCCAAGAUGGAGAAAAAGAAAAUGUGCCCUCGCCUUCUCGACUACUUGGUAGUGGUUGGAGCAAGGCAACCAAGUAGUGACAGUGUGGCCCAGACACCUCAGCUCCUCCGCCGCUACCCACUGGAGGACCACCACGACUUCCCACUCCCACCAGAUGUGGUGUUUUUCUGCCAACCAGAGGGCUGCCUCAGUAUACGCCAGCGUAGGGUUAGCCUUCGUGACGACUCCUCAUUUGUUUUCACGCUGACUGACAAGGACUCAGGAAUCACCCGCUACGGAAUCUGCGUCAACUUCUACCGCUCUUUUCAGCGAGGACAUCACCGUGCUCGUGGGGACAAGAGCAGUCACACAGAGACAGCAGCACAGGCAGCGGAGACCACUAGUGAAGGGUCUGAUGGCAGCGGUGGAGGCCCACCUUCCGCGUUACCUCCACCCAACAAUGCUGACUCAGCACCUCCGCCUGCCUCUGGAGAAGAGAGUGGAAAACCAGGUGCCGAGCUAAAUGCUGGCAAAUCCCCACAGCACAGACGAAGUUCUGCUAAGGUGGCACCCAGGAACCGCAACAGCACACUGACCUCGCUGUGCAUACUCAGCCACUACCCAUUUUUCUCUACCUUCAGGGAAUGCUUAUAUAUUCUCAAGAGGCUGGUGGACUGCUGCAGUCAGAGGCUAACACAACGUGCUGGGCUCCCUCGUGCAACCCAGAGGGACACCAUGUGGCGGGUUUUUACUGGUGCACUGUCAGUAGAAGAGAAAGGCAGCCAGCUGCUGGCCGACCUGCGGGAGAUUGAAUCGUGGGUGUACCGGUUGCUGCGUUCACCAGUACCAGUGCCUGGUCAGAGACGUGUGGAUGUGGAAGUGUUGCCCCAUGAACUCAAACGGCCACUCACUUUUGCCCUGCCUGACAACUCCCGCUUCUCCAUGGUCGACUUCCCCCUACACCUCCCCUUAGAGCUGCUGGGUGUGGACGCCUGUCUUCAGGUCCUCAGCUGUGUACUUCUAGAGCACAAGGUCAUUCUUCAAUCCAGAGAUUACAAUGCUUUGUCUAUGAGCGUCAUGGCCUUUGUGGCCAUGAUCUACCCUCUGGAGUACAUGUUCCCUGUUAUCCCCUUACUGCCAACAUGCAUGGCCUCAGCUGAACAGCUCCUUCUUGCCCCCACUCCCUACAUUAUAGGUGUGCCAGCCAGUUUCUUUCUCUACAAAUGUGAUUUUAAAAUGCCAGACGAUGUGUGGCUUGUGGACCUUGACAGCAGCAAGGUUAUAGCACCCACCAAUGCAGAGAUGCUACCACCUCUUCCAGAGCCCGAAGCAGGCGAGCUUAAGAAACAUCUGAAACAGUGUCUGGUUAGGUUGACCGUGAUCACCCAAAAGCAGAUCUUCUCCUCUGAAUAUAAGGCCUUGGCCAGUAUGAGUUUGAACACCCAACCCAUUCUGAACCUGGAGAAGUUCCAGGAAGGUCAGGAGAUGCCCCUGCUCCCACCUGGACGAGAUAAAGCUUCACCAUCCUCCACAGAGUUCAACCCUCUAAUAUACGGCAAUGACGUUGAUUCUGUUGAUGUAGCCACCAGGGUGGCCAUGGUACGGUUCUUCAACUCCCCAAAUGUUCUUCAGGGGUUCCAGAUGCACACUCGCACAUUGCGCCUCUUUCCCCGACCAGUGGUGGCUUUUCAGUCGUCGUCUUUUCUUGCAUCUCGGCCACGGCGCUCUGGCUUUGCAGAUAAACUUUCUCACACCCAGGCAGUGGAGUUCUAUGGGGAGUGGGCUCUUAAUCCCACCAACCUCGCCUUUCAGAGGAUACAUAACAAUGUGUUUGACCCCUCCUUAAUCGGAGACAAGCCCAAGUGGUAUGCUCACCAGCUACAGCCAGUGGUUUACCGAGUGUAUGAUGGAAGCUCCCAGCUGGUUGAAGCUAUGGCUGGUCCCUUGGAGGAUGAGGGCAACGAAUCUGAUCCCACAGACAGUGGUAGUGACAGUGAGGCAUACGAUGACUCCAGCUCAUCCUAUUCCUCCCUUGGAGACCUUGUGAGUGAGAUGAUCCAAGGUGACAUCCAGGGAGACACACCAAGCUUGGACCCCCCUACCCAUGCGGCACUGGGAGAUGCCAGUGAGGUUGAGUUUCAAGACUUCCAUGACUUCAGGGAAGGUCAUGGCUCGGAGGGUCCACCUAGUGGGGAGGGACCUGCCGAACCCUCUGAUGGACAACCGCUUCGCUCAAGCUCCAGCACGACUGCAAGCUCAAGUCCCAGCACAAUCAUCCAGGGAGUCAACAAUGAGCAGGGGGAAGCACCUGAAAUUGAAGCAUCAGCAAGUGCUGCUUUACAGAACCCUGUCCCCGGAUUGGGCAGUCAGCCAUUCCUCAGGCCUACAGCUGACGCUGGCCUGGUGGACCCAGCCAACAAAAAGCAAGAGUAUGACAACCCAUACUUUGAGCCCCAGUAUGGCUUCCCCUCAGAGGAUGACCCUGAUGCAGAAGAGCAAGUGGAGUCAUACACCCCUCGAUUCAACCAGAACCUCAAUGGCAACAAGAUACAGCGUCCUUUACGGCCCAGUAGCCUGAGGCUCCCAGGAGAGUCUGAUGGGGAGGGAGACUCCCGCAACAGCUCGCCAAACUCCACCAUUUCAAACAGCAGCAAUGAUGGAUUUGGAGGACUUAUGUCUUUUGCCAGCAAUCUUUACAAGAACCACGGCACUAGUUUCAGUCUGUCCAAUCUUGCCCUUCCCAACAAGGCAGCAAGGGAGAAAUCAACGCCUUUCCCCAGCCUGAAAGGCGCACGUGCACCACGAGCACUUGUGGACCAGAAGUCUUCAGUAAUCAAGCACAGUCCAACAGUGAAGAGAGAAUCUCCCUCUCCUCAGGGUCGAGUCAACAACACAAGUGAGAACCAGCAGUUCUUGAAGGAAGUGGUGCAGAGUGUUCUUGAUGGUCAGGGAGUGGGCUGGCUCAACAUGAAAAAAGUGCGCCGUCUGUUGGAGAACGAGCAGCUUCGUGUCUUUGUGCUGAGCAAGCUGAACAGAGCCGUCCAGUCAGAGGAAGAUGCCAGACAGGAGAUCAUACGUGAUGUGGAGGUGAGCAGAAAGGUGUACAAAGGCAUGUUGGACAUCUUGAAAUGCACAGUUUCCAGUCUGGAGCACUCUUACACUAAUGCAGGCCUCGGAGGAAUGGCCAGUGUCUUCAGCUUAUUGGAAAUAGCACGCACACAUUAUCAAACCAAAGACCCAGAAAAACGCAAGCGAAGCCCCACAGACAGUGCUGGCAGCCCAGGGAGUAAAGAGAGUCCUUCUGGUCGUAUGGAGACUGCCAGACCUCAGGGCCUUCUGAAUAUUCCGCACCUGCAGCUGCCGCACAACACAACGGGCAAAGGAGCCCGCCAUUUUGAUACCCGGAGUCUGAAUGAGGAGAACUUUAUUGCCUCGAUUGGGCCCGAAGGAGCAAAGCAGCAGCGCCCCCAGGUGACGGAUGCAGAGGAGAAGAAAUCACAGAUCAGUGCUGACAGUGGCCUCAGUGUCACAUCUGGAUCUCAGAGGAGCGACACAGAGUCUGUAGCGAGCUUGGAGCCACCAAUCCUGACAAGAAGCACCAGCCAGGACUCAGAGGCCAGCACAGUGAUCAGCAAUAGCUCUGGAGAGACUCUUGGAGCUGACAGUGACCUGAGCAGCACAGCGGGAGACGGCCUCAUUGGGAGAACUGCUCCGCAUUUAACUCAGUCCAGAGGGACUCUUUCUGACAGUGAGAUUGAAACCAAUCCAGCCACCAGCUCAGUGUUUGGAAAGACCCAUACUCUGAAACCAGGCGCAAAAGAUCACGUACCCACUAUGGCAAAGGGGCCGCCUCCGCAGCCCAUGGAAGACAUCAGUAUGAGGAUUUACCUUUGUGAAGGCUUGUUGGGCCGUGAUAAGAGCUCCGUUUGGGAUCAACUAGAGGAUGCUGCCAUGGAAACCUUUUCUCUAAGUAAGGAGCGCUCCACACUGUGGGACCAGCUGCAGUUCUGGGAGGACGCCUUCUUAGACGCUGUGAUGCUGGAGCGUGAGGGCAUGGGGAUGGACCAGGGACCCCAGGAGAUGAUCGAAAGAUACCUGUCACUAGGAGAACAUGACCGAAAGCGUCUGGAGGAUGACGAAGACAGACUUCUGGCCACCCUGCUGCACAAUAUGAUUGCAUACAUGCUAAUGAUGAAAGUGAACAAAAAUGACAUCAGGAAGAAAGUGAGGCGUUUGAUGGGGAAGUCCCACAUUGGCCUCACAUACAGCCAAGAGAUCAAUGAGCUACUGGACAAACUGGCUCACAUGAAUGGCCGUGAGCUGUGCAUCAGGCCCAGUGGAAGCCGUCACAUCAAGAAACAAACAUUCGUUGUUCAUGCUGGCACUGAUACCACAGGAGACAUCUUUUUCAUGGAGGUUUGUGACGACUGCAUAGUCCUGCGCAGCAACAUCGGCACAGUUUAUGAACGCUGGUGGUACGAGAAGCUCAUCAACAUGACUUACUGCCCCAAGACCAAGGUGCUGUGUCUCUGGAGACGCAACGGCCAAGAGACACAGCUCAACAAGUUCUAUACCAAAAAGUGUCGUGAACUCUACUACUGUGUUAAAGACAGCAUGGAAAGAGCUGCAGCAAGACAGCAGAGCAUUAAACCAGGGCCAGAGCUGGGCGGAGAGUUUCCCGUCCAGGACAUGAAAACGGGCGAAGGUGGACUGCUGCAGGUCACGCUGGAAGGAAUCAACCUUAAAUUCAUGCACAGCCAGGUUUUCAUAGAGCUGAGUCACAUUAAAAAGUGCAAUACAGUGAAGGGAGUCUUUGUCCUGGAGGAAUUUGUUCCUGAAACUAAAGAAGUGGUGAUCCACAAGUACAAGACCCCCAUGGCACAUCAGAUCUGUUACUCGGUCCUCUGCCUUUUCUCCUACAUGGCGGCAGUGAAGGGGAAGGAGGCGGAAGGAAAAGCCAAGAUUCUGUCGCCGAGACCCCUUCCCAGCUAGUCCCCCCCCCCCGGUCUUCGGUGUGCCUCUCUACUUGAAAUGGCAUCUCAGCUCUAAAACCACAGACUUCUGACAAUCCCCAACUUUAUUCUUAAGCACACAAUUCCUGCUCCCGCCUCCUGUACAUACAAGCCUAAGACCCCUUUUAGAUCUUACUGUGUAGACGUGUUUGGUCUGUGGUGUCGUGUAAAUACUUCCGACCCCUCCUCGCUGUCGUCCUGAUGAUCAUACCACCUAGCUAAAUGUUUGCCCGUCCCUUAACCCGGGAGAAGCGACUCCCCCUCAAGCUCUUCUUCCCCACGUGAAAGUCUUCUACUGUUCCCAUUUGCCAAGACCCAGCUGUUUUAUGCUGAUAGGAGAUGUGAGGGAUAGCCCCGAGGCACAGAGUGCAUGCAGGUCCCGUGCACAAGCCUUGACAUUCACUACAGAGUAGCUCGCCCCCUCCCGCCCCGCCCCGCCCGUCUCCAUUCGACCGUGAGAGUUAUUUCUGUGAUAUGCGGUUACUGUAGAGUUCCAGUCUAAGUUAAAAUUGGUGGAAAAAAAAAAAAAAACCGAGAGACCCUCUUGUAGUGCAGGACGUCCCACACUGAAAAUGCUACUGUAUACUGCACCAGAGCACCGCAUGUAAACGCUUCUUAAAGGUGUUUGAACCCUAAAACAGUGAGUGUUCUCAGAUGUGUUCUCUUGCCCUUAGCGCAGCCCGCCGGGCUGAAUUACUGUUCUAGUUCUACCGUAAAAUUUCCCGUCUGUGGUCUGCUGUUAUCAAUUGCAUGUUACUAUGAGGAUGAAAAAUAAAUAUUAUAUAUAUAUAUUUCUAUAUAUAGUAUUUAUUUGAUAUAUAUACAUAUAUUGACUGUACAUUACUCUGAAAAAAACGUUACCGAUUGUUCAUUUGCUAGGUGUGCAAUACUUAUAAGUAGUUAGCCAUUGCCAGAGCCAGGUUUUCUUGAGUUAACUGGCUUUCACAGGGUGAAGAAUGUAAGAAAGAACUUUUUUUUUU